AAAAACCACGGGCUCAUGAUGCAACAACGAAAGCAGUCACGCAACUGGCUCAGAUAUUCCUUGACCUUCGGACGACUAACAGCGGCGCUGGACUGUCAAUGCACACGCAGUUGCCGGCAGUUCGCUGUGUCCUGCGGUUUCUUCGAUCUCAGUAAAGCAGGAAGCAGAGGAGGUAUGUUGGCAGCACUGGCGGCGGUGUGCCAGUGGGUUGGCGCUGUGUCACUGGCGUCGCUGCUGGUCUGGUUGGUUGGCACCGCCCUGGACAAGCUGAGGCCGCUGCGGCUCCUGGACAACCUGCCGUCGCGCGCCGUCCUCAUCACAGGAUGCGACUCUGGCUUCGGGCACGAACUGGCACGCCAUCUGGACGGGCUGGGGGUGCCGGUGUUCGCGGGCUGCCUGUUCCCUGACGGUCCCGGUGCGCGCAGACUCGCCGCAGACUGCUCCUCCAGGUUGCGCGUGCUGCCGCUAGAUGUCACCUCAGACCAGCAGGUGGCCGACGCCGUCGUCUCCGUCCAAACAGCACUUUCGCACGCGUCAGGCACAGAGCUAUGGGCGGUGGUAAACAACGCAGGAAUCGCCGACCUCGGUGAAGUGGACAUCACGCCGCUGGAGAAAUUCCAGCAGGUACUGGACGUAAACACGAUGGGCGCAAUAAGGGUCUCCAAGGCGUUCCUGCCGCUCCUCAAGAAGUCUAAGGGCCGCAUCGUCAACGUCGCCAGCCCUAUAGGCAGAGUGCCAGUUCCGAGGGUGAGUGCAUACUGCCUGUCCAAAAGUGCGCUGAUAAUGUUUUCGAAGGUCUUGAGAAUGGAAAUGAAGGAAUGGUCCGUCUCUGUCUGCACUGUGGAACCUCCUCUUUGUCAAACACCUAUAUUAAACACAGAAUGCUUGAAACUGAAGUACUUCGAAAAUAUUGAGAAGACUCUCCCGGAUGAUAAAGAAGGCAUUCGACAGGCAAGAAAAAAGGAUUGUGAGACAACGCUAAGAGCUGUCAAGUGGAUGACUUGGCGGGAUAUCUCAGACGUGAUCGACGAGAUGGUAAAAGCCUGCGUCGGCAGGAAUAUGCAGAGAAGACGCGUGGUUGGUUUCAUAGAAACUAUUAUAUUUGAUAUACAAGCCAACCAACCAGAGUGGCUGACGGAGUUUACGUCCGGAAUAUUCUGGACGAUAAUGAACAUAAUAUGGCGAUAAUGAAGUUGCCGACAUAGCCUCGGAAGGAAGAACUUUUUGAGGUGGAUGAGGAGAGUGCGAUGAAGCAAGGAACCUUUGUACUUCCUGAGUGAAUUAUUUGUACUGACUUUACAAUAAAGUUUUUAAAAAUAA